AUGCCUUCGCGAUCGCCGUCACGAGGUCGAUCGCCUACAAGGUCGCACACGCCAACUUCCAUACAACGAGCACCCUCCCCACCCUUUAAUCGUUCACAUUCGCCGCGUCGAUCCCCUUCACCACGUUCGCGCUCCCGUUCGCGUUCGAGGUCCGGAACCAGGUCGUACUCUCGGUCGCCUCCACCACGCGAUGGACGCGAUGGUCGCAAUGGACACGGUCGGGCGAGAAGCCAGAGCCGAAGCACGUCGCGGAGCAGGAGCAGGAGUCCAAGUCGCGGUGACAGAAGGUCCUAUCGAGAAAGAAGCUACACGCGCAGCCCCAGUAGAGACAACCGACGGAUGCAGAGCUCCAAGAUUGUGGUGGAAAAACUUACUAGAAACGUGACCGAGGCUCAUCUACGCGAGAUCUUUGGCUCCUACGGUCGCAUUGAGUCGAUCGAUCUCCCUCUCAACAAACAAUUCAUGACAAAUCGCGGCACCGCCUACAUUCUUUAUGAUCACCCUUCCGGCUCCGAAUCUGCAAUUGCCCACAUGCACGAGGCCCAGCUAGACGGUGUCAUCAUUUCCGUGAGCAUUGUACUUCCUCGACGGGCCUUCUCGAGAUCACCGCCACCAGCACGAUCCGCCCGAUAUGGUCCACUGCCCUCCCGGUACGGCCCACCACCAAGAGGGCCACCGCCACCAAGAUAUCGAAGCCCUCCACCUAGGCGAGGCGGGUAUGGUGGAGGAAGGCGAGGAGGAGCAGAAGACGACACGUCGAAGUCCACCACGGCGCAGAAGACGCAGCCCAAGUUACAGCUCUCGGAGCAGCUACAGUCACAGCAGGAGCAGGAGCAGGAGUCGGUCAAGGAGCAGACCAAGAUAUGGGGGAAGAAGAUGAACUCGCUGGAUGGAAGUCGAUGGCUUGUCUUUUUUAUCCCACAAAAUUAG